UUUAAGUUACCACUGGCCGGUAGCUGCACCACGGAGAGGCAGACCGUCACCUUCCAGCCGCGCAAUAGGCUUGGAUAGUGUGAAUGUAAUGUUCUGAGCAGGGGCGAUUGGUAUCACAUCCCGCUCCCACUUGUUUGGGACUUAAGAAGAAACCGCAGUGGUGACUUGCCUGUCGCAGUAUUUUGCCUUUUUGCAUUUGGUCGGGAAAAUACCUGGAGGAAAAGAGGGUUUUUACCAUCUUGGGUAGCGAGUCUCAACCUACCAAGUUUUGCUCUCCAUAUGUGCUCAGCCUUACCUCAUCGCACGUCUUCUGAAUAUAGAUGCAGAUCUUACGUUUAGCAUUUUCCUGCGUCUGUUGAAAAGGGGGUUUGUUGACACUUGGGGAUCUUUUUUUUUUAAACAAAGUUGAAGUGUCCGUAGAGGGCGAUCAUUAAUCAUGGAUUGCGCUCACAUAAAGAGUGUUGAGGAAGUUUAUAGCUAUUUUAACGUCAACGAGAGCACCGGACUUGCCUUAGACCAGGUGAAACGACAGAGGGAGAAGUAUGGACCGAAUGAACUGCCCGCCGAGGAAGGAAAAUCCAUAUGGGAGCUUAUCAUUGAACAGUUUGAAGACUUGCUGGUGCGAAUUCUUCUUCUGGCAGCCUGCAUUUCAUUUGUUCUGGCCUGGUUUGAGGAAGGCGAGGAGACCAUCACAGCCUUCGUGGAGCCAUUUGUGAUCUUACUCAUUCUCAUUGCCAAUGCCAUCGUCGGCGUGUGGCAGGAGCGUAACGCGGAGGACGCCAUCGAGGCCCUUAAGGAGUAUGAGCCUGAGAUGGGCAAGGUGUACAGACAGGACCGGAAGAGCGUCCAGAGGAUUAAGGCCAAGGACAUCGUGCCCGGAGACAUCGUGGAGGUGGCCGUUGGAGACAAGGUCCCAGCCGACAUCCGUAUCUGCUCCAUCAAGUCCACCACUCUGAGAAUAGACCAGUCUAUCCUGACCGGUGAGUCCGUGUCUGUCAUUAAGCACACUGACCCCGUCCCUGACCCUCGUGCUGUUAACCAGGACAAGAAGAACAUGCUCUUCUCCGGCACCAAUGUGGCUGCCGGUAAGGCCAUUGGUGUUGUCGUGGCGACAGGAGUGUCCACAGAGAUUGGUAAGAUCCGUGACGAGAUGGCGUCCACAGAACAGGAGAAGACCCCCCUUCAGGCGAAGCUGGACGAGUUCGGCGAGCAGCUGUCCAAGGUCAUCUCGCUCAUCUGCAUCGCCGUGUGGAUGAUCAACAUCGGCCACUUCAACGAUCCCGUCCACGGUGGCUCCUGGAUCCGCGGCGCCGUCUACUACUUCAAGAUCGCCGUCGCCCUGGCUGUAGCCGCCAUCCCUGAGGGUCUACCUGCCGUCAUCACCACCUGCCUGGCCCUGGGCACCCGUCGUAUGGCCAAGAAGAACGCCAUCGUCCGCUCCCUACCCUCCGUGGAGACCCUGGGCUGCACCUCCGUCAUCUGCUCCGACAAGACCGGCACCCUCACCACCAAUCAGAUGUCUGUCUCUAGGAUGUUCAUCAUUGACAAGGCAGAGGGCGAGAACUGCUCCCUGUCCGAGUUCACCAUCACCGGCUCCACCUAUGCCCCCGAGGGAGAAGUUUACCUGGACAACCGGCCAGUGAAGACCUCAGGGUACGAUGCUUUAGUGGAGAUCGCCACCAUCUGCGCCCUGUGCAAUGAUUCCUCUCUGGACUACAACGAGUCCAAAGGUGUGUAUGAGAAGGUGGGAGAGGCCACUGAGACAGCUCUUACCUGCCUAGUGGAGAAGAUGAAUGUGUUUGACACUGAAGUCAGGAGCAUGUCCAAGAUUGACAGAGCCAACGCCUGCAACUCAGUGGUCAAGCAGCUGAUGAAGAAAGAGUUCACCCUGGAGUUUUCUCGGGACAGGAAGUCCAUGUCUGUGUACUGCACUCCCAACAAGGCCAAGUCAUCCGUCGGCAAGAUGUUUGUCAAGGGUGCCCCAGAGGGUGUGAUUGACCGCUGCACGUAUGUUCGCGUUGGGGGCAACAGAGUGCCCAUGACCGAAGGCAUCAAGGCGAAGAUUAUGGCGGUGAUCCGCGACUACGGCUGUGGACGCGACACCCUGCGCUGCCUGGCCCUGGCCACCCGCGACAACCCCCUCAGAAAGGAGGAGAUGGUGCUGACCGAGACAGCCUCCUUCGCCGACUACGAGUCUGACCUGACGUUCGUGGGCUGCGUGGGCAUGCUGGACCCUCCCCGUACAGAGGUGGCCGCGUCCAUCAAGCUGUGCCGCAUGGCCGGCAUCCGCGUCAUCAUGAUCACCGGCGACAACAAGGGCACCGCCGUGGCUAUUUGCCGCCGCAUCGGCAUCUUCUCCGACGACGACGACGUCAACCGCAUGGCCUUCACCGGCCGCGAGUUCGACGACCUUUCACCCCACGCCCAGCGCGACGCUGUCAUCAACGCCCGCUGCUUCGCCCGCGUCGAGCCCUCACACAAGUCCAAGAUCGUAGAGUUCCUGCAGGGCUUCGACGAGAUCACUGCCAUGACCGGCGAUGGUGUAAACGAUGCUCCUGCCCUGAAGAAGGCCGAGAUUGGCAUCGCAAUGGGCUCUGGCACUGCCGUGGCCAAGUCCGCAUCGGAGAUGGUCCUGGCCGACGACAACUUCUCCUCCAUCGUGGCCGCCGUUGAGGAGGGCAGAGCCAUCUACAACAACAUGAAGCAGUUCAUCCGCUACCUCAUCUCCUCCAACGUGGGAGAGGUCGUCUGCAUCUUCCUGACGGCCGCACUGGGCUUCCCUGAGGCCCUGAUCCCUGUGCAGCUGCUGUGGGUGAACCUGGUGACGGACGGCCUGCCCGCCACCGCCCUGGGCUUCAACCCCCCCGACCUGGACAUCAUGAGCAAGCCCCCCCGCAGUGCCAAGGAGCCCCUCAUCUCCGGAUGGCUCUUCUUCAGAUACCUGGCCAUCGGAUGCUAUGUGGGCGCUGCCACUGUUGGCGCCGCCGCCUGGUGGUUCGUCUCUGCAGAGGACGGCCCACAGAUCACCCUCUACCAGCUGAGCCACUUCCUGCAGUGCUGCCCUGAGAACCCCGACUUCCAGGACCUUGACUGCCACGUGUUUGAGUCGCCUUACCCCAUGACCAUGGCUCUGUCCGUGCUCGUCACCAUCGAGAUGUGCAACGCCCUCAACAGCCUGUCGGAGAACCAGUCCCUGCUGAGGAUGCCCCCCUGGGAGAACAUCUGGCUGCUGGGCGCCAUCUGCCUCUCCAUGUCCCUCCACUUCCUCAUCCUCUACGUCGAGCCCUUGCCAGUCAUCUUCCAGAUCACCCCCCUGAACGUGGAACAGUGGGUCGUGGUGGUGAAGAUCUCCAUCCCAGUCAUCCUCUUGGACGAGCUUCUUAAGUUCAUGGCAAGGAACUACCUGGAAAAGGGUAAAGAUCUGGACAAGCCGCCGCAGGAGCAGGGCUGGUCUCUAGCCAGCUGCACGGAGGGCAUCUCCUGGCCCUUCGUGGCGGUCAUACUGCCCCUAGUGGUGUGGCUGUAUAGCAUCAACACUAACUCAGCUGCCACCGCCGCAGGAAUGGUGUCCUCCUGAGGCAACGAGCAAGCGGCCGCCUGGCUCAACGACUGACUGACCGACUGACUCCUACCCAUGAUCCUGUCCCCAAACACCUGAGUGAAACUAACACACUUACUCUCUCACACGCACACAAACAUACACACACACACACACACACCUCUCAACAGAAUUUAAAAUUAAAAAACAAAGAAAAAAAAGAGAGAUUUGACCAAGCAGGGGCUGUAUUAACCGAACAGUUUAACAUUAUGAACAGUUUGUCCUACACAAUAAUAAUGGUAAUAAUUAUUAUUAUUAUUGUUAUUAUUAUUAUUGUUAUUAUUAUUAGUUAGUAGUAGUAGUAGUAGUAGUAGUAUUGGUUUGGUCUAUGACUUCCAUUAUCAUUCCAUUAAUCUUCACUCUUCGUUUUCAAGUACGUUGUACAACUGAAUUCCUAUUGAACAGACAGUUUUGUUUGGAUUUCCUAUAUGCGCUUUAAGAAGGACAUAUUUAUUACACAUUGACCAGUACAGAGGGGGUAUUCCAAGUACGUGGUUUAGUGACAAACCUGGGUAAGUGGUAAACCUCCUAUAACAGCCAUAUGGCACAUUGUUGUGUUAGGAGAAUGAAGCCAUACAGUGCUUCUAUUAGGAGGUUUACCACUUACACUGAGUUAACGUACCCAGGCUUGUCACUAAACCACGUACUUGGAAUACCCCCCAGAGACACAACACUAUAUUGUAUAGCGAUGCUUCGUAGGUGUUUGAGUCCAGGGGGGCGUUCGCAGGACUCUGAAUCGCCCCUUGGAAUCAGCAGGCGUUGUAGACCUGCUGACUGAUAGUACUGUAUCUUAGUAGAGACUCAACUUCUAUAGACUCUUUAUGUCGAUGCCUGUGUAUACGGCGAGCAUGUUCUCAAUGGCACAAUUGGACACAAAUAUUUUUGUUUUAAUAACAGAUGCUUGUUUUUGGCCUGUGGUUUUUAUAGUUUCUCACUGUGUUUUAUACAUUUCUCACUCUUGAGUUCAUCUUAGAACGUCCAUAGAAUGUAGGGAGUGUUUGGCCAGCUGCUGUUCAGAUUACUGAAGCGUGGAGCUGCUUGAGCUUCAGAGCUACAGCGCCCCCUUGAGGACUUCAGAGGUGCAUCCCGUUUGAGUUUAGUCAGGUGCUCUGGUGGUAGGUGGUAACCUACAGAGGCCAUCAUGCUAGGAUUUCCUUUUUCUUUUAAAAACUGAAGAGAAGUUUACGCCACUGGAUAGGUGUGGUCAGUGAUCGGCCCAGAUGAGAGUUAGGAUCAAUAAUGAAUCCCCGAAGCCCAUACUGUUAGCCUAGCUUAGCUUAGAGUUGUCUGAUUAGCUUUGAGUUAUCUGAUCAGCAGAUGGUCAAACAGCUACUGCCUUAUUAGAGAUAUCUCCAGUAUGUAACUGAUGCACUGUUAACAUUGAGCAGCUUCUUCAAGUCUGUGGUGCUCUCGCUUCAUGUCUGUAGUUGUGUGUGCUGGACGUGCCAAUGGUGUCACACACGCGCUCAAAGCACAGGGACGUUUGGAGAGCUGGGGGACUCUGGGACAGAUUUGUCUCCUGAUUCAAGCCAGAUUGGUUCAGGAACCAUUUCCCAUGAGGGUCCCCCCUCAAAGUCUGUGUGCACUGGUUCACUGCUCUUGAAUGUUUGAAGUGAGUUUUUUUUUUGUUUGACACAAAGGUCAAGGAUCAUGUUUACUUGAAUUUAAUAGUACUGUUUUUCAUGCAGUUAUUUUGUAUGUAUAAUUUAGGUCCACUUUUUAGAUCUUCUUGUCUUUUAACAAAGCCUCUUUGGUCAUAUUAUUAGUUAUUUCUAUUCACCCGACGUCAAUGUGCACAUACUGUACUUGAAUACACAUAGAUGCUGAUUGUAAGAAUAGAGCACAAGAGAGGCUGUAGUGGGCCCGGGGGUAUCGCUCGUGGCCAUGUUGGAGCAAUGCACUCUGGGAAUUGUAGGCCUGGGCCUUACUUAGGGCAGUGGGCAGAUAGAGAGAAGUCUAUAUAAAUCUGUACAUAGCACAAAACACUAUUCCUGUGUAUAAGAGAUUUCAUUUUAGAGAUACGUUUUAGAUGCUUCAUAUUUUUGACACUAUUCGUAGUUGAGGUAUGUUGUAAAGGAGGAGAUGGGCUGACAGGCACAUUGGUGGGUACGGUGGAUUGCAUGGCGCUGAGAUGUAUACAAAACGUCCUUAAAACGUCCUUUCCCCCCUAACUGCUGUUUCCUCCUCCAAUGCCUUCCAAACGCCUCCCCACAGAGUGAGUACACUUACUGCAUGUGUGUUCAUAACUAUAAUCAGCACCUAUUCCAACUUCCCAACACUAUCUCUCACUCACACACACACAACACACACACGUUUAGGUUAGAUUUGGGUUUAGGUUCCCCAAAAAUCUGGUGUGAGUGUUUCAUGGUCCUCACACAUUUUUAAAAUAGUCAUGAAACAUUCCAGCACUGACCAGUGACAGUGUGAUUGCUACUCACAAUGACAUAUUCCACUAUUAAAGUAUAUAUUUUUUAAUGCUGUGUGAGUUUUAGAUUUAACGUUUUAAAGAUUAUUUUAAAUUAUCAGUUAGUUUUAAAUGUUAUUUAAAAUGUUAUUAUAUUUAUUUCAUAUUCUACUUCUUUUUUUAUUACUAAGAAUGAGAUAAGAUAGUAAGUUUCUCUCUGCUUCUCUUCCAUGCUCUGACUGUGUUUUCCCUUCUUUUUCUCCUCUUUCUCUCUUCCUCCU